AAUGCCAGCUGGUAUAUUAACAAUUCCUCACAGUAAUAAAGCAUAAAACCUCAGUAAUAAUUUGGGUCAUAACACGUUAGUGCCAUCAGCGCCGCCUUUGAGUAGUGAAAACCAAACAGAUUCUGUUAACCAUGGAUUGCCUAACAUGCCGGAUGAGUAUUUGAAGUAUUUGCUUUCUCUCAACGAAAGGCAGCGUGAGGCAGCUUGCAGCUAUAUUUCAGUACCUUUGAUGAUUGUUGCCGGCCCUGGAAGUGGAAAGACUUCAACGAUAGUUGGGCGCGUUCUAAUGCUGCUCAAUGAGGGCAUUAGCACGUCGAACAUUCUAGCAAUGACUUUCACUACAGCAGCAGCUUCCGAGAUGAGAGAUCGAAUUGGAUCUGUGACUGGGAAAGCAACGGCAAAACUACUAACAAUCAGUACAUUUCAUUCAUUUUCAUUGCAACUUUGCCGAUCACAUGCUGAGAAACUCAAGCGCAGACCAGAAUUUUUGAUAUAUGGACAUGGGCAACAGAGAAGAGCAAUCAUUGAAGCUGUGCGGUUAUCAGAAGAUGAAAAGAGUAAAACGAAUCUUAAUGUUGCUAUAGAUGGGGAAGAGUCUGACGGCGUAACAUCUCCACAUCAUUUUAAGGAUGCAUCAAAGAAAUGGCUGAAGUUUGUGACACAGGCAAAAGCUUCUGGAAAGACUCCCGCUGAAUGCCGAAGAAUGGGUGAUGUGACAGGAGGUGAAAUUCUUAGGAAUUACAAUGAUAUCUUGAAAUCGUGCAACGCUUUGGACUACCACGACUUAAUUAGCUGCUCUGUGAAGCUGCUAAGUGAUUUUCCUGAAGUGUUGAAGGAGUGCCAGGAGUCAUGGAAAGCUAUUGUAAUAGACGAGUUUCAAGACACAAGUGCUAUGCAAUAUAGUCUUUUGCGGAUUCUCGCCUCUCAUAACCACAUAACCAUUGUUGGUGAUGAUGAUCAGUCCAUUUUCAGUUUCAAUGGGGCGGACAUUUCUGGAUUUGAUUCUUUUCGUAAAGAUUUUUCAAAUUACAAAGAGAUUAGGCUUAAUAAAAACUUUAGGUCCACACGCUAUAUUGUGGAAGCUGCAUCUUCUGUUAUAAAAAACAAUAAGAAGCGAUGCCAACUAAAGAAUGUUGACACGGACAAUUCUUCUGGGUCUAAGGUAAUUAUCAAGGAAAGUCACAAUGAGGAUGCACAAUGCGCCUUUGUUGUCGACAAGAUCCUGGAGACUGCAUCGAAACGGUCAGAAGCAGGGUGCUCCUAUGGAAAUAUAGCAAUCCUUUACCGGAGGCAGGUAUCAGGAAAAGUCUUCCAGACAGCCUUGCGUGAAAGGAAAAUACCAUUUAAUGUUCAUGGAGUGGCAGUUUAUAGGAAGAAGGUAGUUAGAGCCAUUGUUGCUAUGAUUAAAACAACUUUGCCUGGUUGUGAUGAUGGAUCAUAUAGGCAAGUCUUCAAGGCUCUACUUGCUUUUGAGAAAGAGGAAAAGAAGAAGGUGAUCGAUUAUAUUGACAAAAUUUCAACUCACAGAAAAUGCAGCUUCAUAUCAGCUGCUUGUGACAUCUUUAGUGCAAAAAUUUCUGGUACCUUGAAGAGGACUCAGCUUACCCAAGGACGCAAGGUGCUGUUAACACUAGAGAUGAUUUCAAAACUUGUUCUCAGGGAACAAUCGAUUUCAGCUGUCAUAACCUCAGUUGCGAAUAUGGUACCACAGAAGUACCGUCUUGAGCAACGUGCAGUCGUUGAUGUAGAUGGAGGAAAACUGCUGAAUGAAGACAAUGACGUGAGAUCUGUUCUUCAGUACCUACUAGACGACGUAUCUGAUUUCUUAUCAACUCAUUUUGUUGCGGGAAAAGGGGAGAGAGAGAAGUCGUAGCAGAAGAAAAAGGCUGCGUUAAUUUACUCAAAGCUUUCAUCGACUACAUAUCUGAGCAGGAGAGUGAAAAUUUUCACUCCCGAAGACAUGACAACCAAAGUUCUGUCACUUUGACUACUAUUCAUCAGUCAAAAGGUUUAGAGUGGGAUAUAGUUUUCAUAAUUAAGGUAAAUGAAUCUGAGAUCCCGUUGUUGCAUGAAUUCAAUGGGGUUGCAAAAGAAAAUGGGACCUCCAUUGAGGAGGAGAGACGCCUAUUAUAUGUUGCAAUGA